GCGCCCCUGGGGCCAGCGGCCGGAUUGGCCUGGAUCCAAUUCUGCUUCAGCGGAUUCCAUUGGGGGCCUCUGCCACCACUGCACUUCUGCCUGCUAGAAGCUGCUGGGCCGUGGGGCCAUUGUCUGGGGAGGCUUAAGGGAUUUGGGGGACCCGGGUGGAGGCAGAGAAGCCAGAGAGGAGAGACCUGGCUCAGCUCAGUCUUCACAGAGAGGCCGUGGCAGACGGAGGGCUCAGGGCAGGCUCUGCCACUCAGACCGCCAUGUACAGCUUCCUGGGCGGCGGCCUCUUCUGUGCCUGGGUGGGGACGAUCCUGCUGGUGGUGGCCACUGCGACAGACCAGUGGAUGCAGUACCGGCUGUCGGGGUCCUUCGCCCACCAGGGGCUGUGGCGGUAUUGCCUGGGCAGCAAGUGCUACCUGCAGACGGAGAGCAUCGCGUACUGGAACGCCACCCGCGCCUUCAUGAUCCUGUCCUCCCUGUGCGCCACUGCCGGCAUUGUCUUGGGCAUCUUGGCCUUCGUUCGGCAGCCCCCCUCCACCCGCCUCUCGCGGCCCUUCUCCGCUGGCAUCCUGUUUUUCGCCUCCACCCUUUUUGUCCUCUUGGCCCUGGCCGUCUACACUGGAGUGACCGUCAGCUUCCUCGGCCGCCGCUUCGGGGACUGGCGUUUCUCCUGGUCCUACAUCCUGGGCUGGGUGGCCCUGCUCAUGACCUUCUUUGCAGGGAUUUUCUACAUGUGUGCCUACCGUAUGCACGAGUGCCGGCGCCUGUCCACUGCCCGCUGAGCCCCGACCGAUGCCCAGCUUCAUCGGGCAGUGAAUGUGAGGACGCUGAAGAGGGGGGACGUCUCGGGGUCCGGACUGGCUCGUCUGGUGAUGGGGGUGGGCUCCGUCCUGGACCCUGGGUGGGGGCCCCUGGCUCCUGCAUCCUAAUGGGGACGGGAAACAGUGGGGUCUGCUGGGAGGGUGCUGAGAAGACCCAAAGCCCCCACCUGCCGGGGCUGCUAGAGAAAUGGCCUAUCUAUUAGGGAGGUCUGGGGGAGUAAAAUAAAAGUGAUGUGAGACUAUG